AUGCCCAACCCAGAUCCUCCUCUCAGCCCUUCUGAAGUUGGUACAGCUUCCCAUGGGUGCUCUUUGGACGGCUGGAAACGGGAGAAAGGGUUCCCUCCCUCUGGCUGCUCUCUCUCUCUCUCUCUCUCACAUGCCAAAAAUGAAAACCCUCACCUUGCUAAGCUUCCCCCAAGCUUUCCAUUUCUGCCCCUCGCCCUCCACGCCCUCCAGCAGCACCGUGGCCAGGAAGUUAUCACUGGUUGUUCUCCAGAAGAUAAUAAAAUAAAGAGGAUUGAUUUAUUAUGGGGUUGGAAGCAUUGGAUUUCUGCAGCUGUUUUCUUAUGGGGUUGGAUUCAUCAAUACCACUGCCAUAAGAUUCUUGGUUCUCUACGACAUUCAACGGACGCAGAGGAAUACGUAAUUCCUCAUGGUGAUUGGUUUGAAAUCGUCUCCUCUCCACAUUAUCUCUCUGAGAUUGUUAUAUACGCUAGUUUUGUGGUCGCAACUGGAGGAUCCAACCUAACAGUCUGGUUACUCUUUGCUUUUGUGGUGGCAAAUCUGUCAUUCGCAGCUGUGGAAACACAUAAAUGGUAUAGUCAGAAAUUUAAAGAUUAUCCAAGUAAUCGAUUUGCUAUAAUUCCAUUUCUUCUGUGAGAC